CAAUUGUAACUGAACUCGAACUGAGUGGAAAGUUGAUAGCUCUGGAGGUGAAUCUCAAAUGUAAAGAAGACUGGUUCGCAGCAAAGAUGAGCAUACCAUUAAAAGCACUCUCCUAUUCUUCACGGUGCGUUGAGCUCUAAUAGCUUAGCGGUUCGGUGAGCUGGAAUUUAGUAGGCUGGAGAGACUCGUAUACUCUUAAAGUAUAAGGAGGAAAAUGUGAGAAGUGGUUUGUUACCCGACAUUCUCAAUCCCAAUCUCAAGAUGGUAAGAUGAGGAUGCAGAAGGUGUUGGAAUGGAUGGAAGCUCAGUAUCUCAGACUUCAAGUACUUUGCAUUGUGUAAAGCUGAAGGUACAAUUGGAGUGGGAGAAUGCGAAUCUAGUUGCAUCGAGACCCACUGGAAUAUGGGUAGGUCGUGAAAAACACAUGCAGCGUCUUCAAUCAGAUCUUGUCAUCGAAUCGUGUGAGCGAUCAAGGUAGCGACAACAUGCCAACACAACAAGCCUGUUCCUCCACACUCGAUGAGAUUGGAAAUUGUCCUUAGACGGUCAAAAUAAUUCUUGACAUUGCUGUGCAAGCGAACAAGGUAUGUGAGUCAAUGAUUUAAUGUGCUGAUACACUCGCUGUCGUCACGCAAGCAAGUGGAUUUAUUUUGACAACUGAGUGGCACAUGGGUAGUCAGGUCGGAGGGCAAAGCCUGUUUUACUUUUUUCUUGCUUUGAGUAUCUGUACAGUAUUCUACAUUACUCUAUACAACUCGUAGGUUCAGAUAAAACAAAUCAACUUUUUGGGAGUUUACUAAAAAAUAUGUCGAAGAACUGUGUACAGCGUAUACAACUACUCGAGGUUCUCAACUGCUCGUAUAAUUUUUCACUCUACCAAAGAAAGUGAAGAUGCUGGGCUACCCAAUAUUGAUACUAUGUGUGGGACCUUAAGUCAACUGCUUAAGUGUUAGGUGUUGUGGUAAAUUGUAGUCGUAUCAUUGCUUCACGGCACGUUAGAUUUAUCGCUCCAUAUUUAAAUCGAUUUCACAGCAAGUUCGACUGCGAAAGAGUAAGAGAAAGAGCGGUCCAAAGCGGAACCCCAAACCGCUGCCUCGAGGUUGUGACCACGGUCACAACUGGCGAUGCAGUCUCGUCUGCGAUCUUCUUCUCUCGAGCUUGAAAGCGGAAUCCGCAAUUUGUCACGCACGAUUCCAUCUAGACCUGAUUUCCAUCAGCCAUGACGGUGUCUAUAGUUUGUGUUUUUUCUUCUGAAUGAACAAAGAUCAAUUUAUUGCAAAGAAACAACACAAAAGAAACAAUGCAUUGAGGUCAAUAAAUUGACCUCAAUAAAUUGACCUCAAUAAAUAACCUCAAUUUAUUGAGGUUAUUUGAAGUUUUCGUCGCUAGUGUUCUGCAAAUUGGAAAUGAAACUGGAGUACAGCAUGGCGAGUGUCAACCUGAGCAUUGAAGCGCCAAAGCGGCUAAUGCUUGAAGCUUCAUGCGAUGUAAAAGUUAACGAACAAACAGUUCAAAUAAAAUUCGGAACAACUAAACCAACUCUUGGAUUUUCCAUAUGCAAAAUUUCGUUUCAAUCCAAAUUUCGAACCCAAAUUUCAAACCUCUUCUUAGGAACAAAGAUCCAAGGCUAUCUCGAGAUCUACACAGAGUUGCUCGAAAGCCAUACGGGUGAAAGUUUCGAAAGAUGUCAGGAGGUCUUUGAAGAGAAUAGGUAGCCAGAUGUAAGAUCAGGGAAAUCGAUUUCACAGGACAAUUGCUCCUAGAACUCGUUCUGGGUUUCCUCCGCUUCACUGCAAUUCCAUGCCAAUCCAUGCAAUUCCACGAAUAACAGAAUCUAGAAACAAUGAUUGGUAAAUAUUGGUAUCCACAGCAAGCAGUGGAUUGGGGGUUACCGGUUUAAUGCUAAGAGUCUCUGGAGAACAAGCAACUACUUCCGCAAAGGUUUUGGAAAAUAACUGAAAAGAGGACAUUUUGUCACAUAGGAAAAUGCUGGUAGAAAUUGCGAUAUUAAAACGUGAAGCAUCCAAGCAGGAACAUAGAUUUGCUAUCUUUUGACAAACAAAAAGAUAAAGCGCGAAAGGUAAAGUUAUCAAACCGCCGCUGCGCGCCAAUCCAGCCGUUCAAGCAUUUCUACCGUUGUUAUACAAUACAAAGUAAAGCCCUUAGCGGUUUCGCGGAAAAGCUUAUUUUACAAAGAUGUAGAUUCAAAGAUAAGGAUUCUACUUUGUAAAAGCACUUAGCCUGCUAAGAAAAGUUUU